UUUGAAUAUAUAAUUAUAUUAUUUAAAUCAACUAAUACUCUAGUAAUUUUUAGAAAUUAUAUAUAUAUCAUAUUUUAUAAGCUUUUUGAUAACUUUUACAUAUUAUAUCUAAAUAAUAUUCUUAUUUUUUUACUACAUAAGAAUUCUAUAUAA